AUCGGCGUCCUCCCUAGUGGCUCCAGCGUUGCAUCAUCACCCGCCGGCAGCUGCUGUGGGAAGGCUGGGCGCGGCGCGAUCCACUUAGCAACGGGGCUCCAGCCGCUCUCCAGCGCCUCUCCCGGCCUUCUCCGCACCUGCUCCUGCGCCUAGGCCCGGAGUUUCCCGUGGGCCGGCUCCCAGAACCCGCGGGGCGCAGCUGGUGGACCUCGCCAGCUACGCCUGAGCCAUUCAUUGAGAGCCCGGUCUCUUACUAGAGUCCAAGUCCUCCUCCUCCUUCUGCUCCGAGCCGCACGCAGCGCCAUGGAAAAGAGCAGAGAGACCAACGGCUACCUAGACAGCGCCCAGGCCGGGCCUGCAGCGGGACCUGGCGCGCCCGGGUCCGCAGCGGGACGCGCUCGGCGGUGCGCCGGCUUUCUGCGGCGCCACGCGCUCGUGCUGCUCACCGUGUCCGGGGUGGUGGCGGGCGCCGGCCUGGGCGCGGCGCUUCGUGGGCUGCGACUUAACCGCACGCAGAUCACCUAUUUGGCCUUCCCCGGCGAGAUGCUGCUCCGCAUGCUGCGCAUGGUCAUCCUGCCGCUGGUGGUCUGCAGCCUGGUGUCGGGUGCCGCCGCCCUCGACGCCAGUGCUCUCGGGCGCCUGGGCGGCAUCGCCAUCGCCUACUUUGGCCUUACCACGCUAGGCGCCUCGGCACUCGCUGUUGCUUUGGCGUUCAUCAUCAAGCCUGGGUCUGGCGCACAGACCCUUCAGUCCAGCGACCUGGGGCUGCAGGAGUCGGGCCCCCCUCCAAUCCCCAAAGAGACAGUGGAUUCUUUCCUCGACCUAACCAGAAACCUGUUUCCCUCAAAUCUUGUGGUUGCAGUUUUUCGAACGUAUGCAACUGAUUAUAGAGAGGUGAUCCACAACACGAGCACUGGAAACGUAACCCGUGAAAAGAUCCCCAUUGGCACCGAGAUCGAAGGAAUGAACAUUUUAGGAUUGGUCCUUUUUGCCCUGGUGUUAGGAGUGGCCCUAAAGAAACUAGGCUCUGAAGGAGAAGAGCUCAUUCGUUUCUUCAAUGCCUUCAAUGAGGCCACGAUGGUGCUGGUGUCAUGGAUUAUGUGGUAUGUACCUGUGGGCAUCACGUUCCUGGUUGGAAGCAAGAUUGUGGAAAUGAAGGACAUCAUCGUGCUGGUGACCAGCCUUGGGAAAUAUAUCUUCACAUCUAUAUUGGGCCAUUUUAUUCAUGGAGGAAUUGUCCUGCCACUUAUAUAUUUUGUUUUUACACGAAAAAACCCAUUCAGGUUCCUUCUGGGCCUCCUCACACCGUUUGCAACAGCAUUUGCCACCUGCUCUAGCUCAGCAACCCUUCCCUCUAUGAUGAAGUGCAUUGAAGAAAACAAUGGUGUAGACAAGAGGAUCAGCAGGUUCAUUCUCCCCAUCGGAGCCACUGUGAACAUGGACGGAGCAGCCAUCUUCCAGUGUGUGGCCGCGGUGUUCAUUGCCCAGCUCAACAACGUGGAGCUGAAAGCAGGACAGAUUUUUACCAUUCUAGUGACGGCCACAGCAUCCAGUGUUGGAGCAGCAGGCGUGCCAGCUGGAGGGGUCCUCACCAUCGCCAUUAUCUUGGAGGCCAUUGGGCUGCCCACUCAUGACCUCUCCCUGAUCCUGGCUGUGGACUGGAUUGUGGACCGUACCACCACCGUGGUGAACGUGGAAGGGGACGCCCUGGGUGCGGGCAUUCUUCACUACCUGAAUCAGAAGGCAAUGAAGAAGGCGGAGCAGGAACUGAGCGAGGUGAAAGUGGAAGCCAUCCCCAACUGCAAGUCGGAGGAGGAGACGUCACCUCUGGUGACACACCAGAACCCCGCUGGCCCUGCGGCCAGCGCCCCAGAACUGGAAUCCAAGGAGUCAGUUCUGUGAUGGGGCUGGGCUUCAGGCUUGCCUGCCAAUGGUGGUGGCCCGCCACUGACACUGGGCACUGUUCUCACUGACUUUAGCCUCUGGGGCAAUACUUUGGCCCAAUCACUGGUGUGAGGAUCACUUCUUGGCACAGGCAUUGGGCUUCCCAGUGGGAAGUGCUUACAGAGGACCAGGGCACUGACAUUUAGCUUGAUCCACAUCCAGGUGCAACUGUGCGUGCACCAGGCUCUGUUUGAAACAUGCCCUUGAGCUGCCAGGCUCUGGGAGACAACAGGCUCAAAGGGACCUGGUGGUUAAAGCUUGGAAAAAUGCAGAUGUAUUCUUCAUUGCACCUAGUCAGCCACUCUACACUGAGUGCUUUCCCGGAAAACCCAGGGGGGUUGCAGUCAUCUGUCACAUUGCCUUGUGAGCUGUAGUAAUUGGAAAAAAAUCCCAAAUUCUUAGCCUUGGCUGGAAUUCGUUGAGCUGGGACUCUAGAUGUUAGAGUUUGUGUUACAACUAUGUGGGGCUGACUUCUGGUUCACUGGCUGCUGGUGGGCUGCAGGCACUGCACCUUGUCACGUUAGAAGUACUCCAGAUGGCGUUAGCACUGCUGGGUGCUCCGGUCAGUGGUAUUAAGUAAACAAUUUAAAUUCUGAGGUCAAAGAAAGAGGGGGAGUCUAGCCUGCAGGGGGAAGGGAGGCAACCUAAUUAGGACAGGACACAUACACAAUUGUCCCCAUUCUCAUCCCAGGUUUGGGUAAGUUUUCCGCACCGUGACUUGGGCUUCUGACAAGACUAUAGCUUUAUCCCCAUCUACUCUGAUUUGACAACAGGCCAGAGUGGAGCCUCUUCCUCUGGAGAGGUGUGAUGUGGUCAUCACAUUCAGGACCCUGGUUGGUUUAUCAAUCUCUUUUAAUUCAACUAGACCCUCCCUAAAAUGCUCCUUUCUGGCAAAAAAAAAAAAAAAAA